GCCAGAAAGGCUUUAGACAUGCACAAGUGUCGAUAUAUACAAUGCCCACUAAGCAGAUAAGGCACAGCAAGUGGGCAGCACAUAAUGUCACAUGAGGUCACACUCAAAACCCCAGCAAGCUAAACUGAAAGAGAGUCACACCCAGCUGGAAAUAUAAUGGAAAAACCACAAUUGAAAAUGAAGUACAUUGGAAGUUUUAAUAGGGCACAUUUGGUAGGUGUCUGUAUGCUCAAAUGGUCCCUGCACCUUUCGUUCCAGAUUCUGGGCAUUAAAGGCUAAUACAUUGACAAUGUGGGCUUAUAGUAGCAUAGAUCAAGGGCGAAAUGAUCUACAUUGGGUGCAUUCAUUGAUUUUUUCAUUCAUCAUUGUACUUAGCUUCUCCGCCAAGUCUUGUCAUGGCAUCAACUAAGAAAUAGUUAACGUUUUGUGGAGGCCCAUUUGGUGUUUGUUUCAUUGAUGGGAACCCACUUCCAGCAUCUUUAGCAUUGAUGGCCUGUUUAAUAGUUUGAUGUUAGGUUCUUUUGCCUUCUAUGAAGCAUUCUUGUAGCUUUUACGAAGUGUUCAUUUUGAAUAGCAAUGCAUAGAUCUGGGCCUGGUGGUCUCUGUAAAUUAGGUUUAAGAGUCCGCGCAGAAGAGAGACAACGGGCCGAAGCGGAGGGAGAAGAGGAUUUUGAUAAGAAAUCCCAGUUGGGUUGCAGUACAGAGCAGGCAGUCCACCUUAUUCCGCUGCUCCUGUUAGCAUGCCUUCUGAUUCUUUACGUUUUCUCCUACACUCCAGAUGAGGAAAAUGCCGGACUGAUCAACUAUGUUAAGGAGCCAAAGCCUGCAAACAUACUCAUUGGAAGCAAAGAGGAGUUACUGCAAACUUUCUCAGUAUAUAAUCACAGAAGCUUGCAUCAGCUGAAGCAAACACAACAUAAAGUAAACCGGAAUAAUGCGAUGAAGGAGAAGGAGGUCAAACAGUUUUUCAGUAAAGGAAAUAAACUUGACAUUAGAAGAACAAGGUUGAGGAAAAAAUCUUUUCAUAGGAAGGCUAGGAUUCUUAAUACCCAUUAAUGUUUUUCAGGGCAUUUGAUUUUGGGAGUUAUUAGUGACACUUUUCCCUUAUUCCACUGAGGUUUUUUACCCCAUUCUAGAUGGGUAUUGGUAAUGAAUUGGAAUGACUUCUAUAUUAUCGAGGUCCUAUGAUUGGUGGAAUCACGAGCAGAAAUUUUUUGCUAUGUUUUUUGAUAAUAGCUUUGGGUAUGAAUACUGUGAUCAUUUAAGGUGGAACUGAUGUAUAACAGGAAAGAAUAAUAGGAGGUAAACGAUGCUAGCAGGAACUCUAGAAAGUUGUCAGCAGUUCCAAUUCACCUUCUUGGUGAUAAUAAGGUAUAUCGAUGACAGCAUUAUAAAUCUUUGUACAUUUUUAUUGGGGUUGUAUUUUAGUUUCAUCUCUAUUUGAUCUUUAUAUAUUCUGUUUACAAGCAUUUUCCAAUGAA